AUGAAGGACAGGCUGGGUUUGAGUGUUUUUGCAUGUCUUUGCUCGCAGCUAGUAGAUCUUGUGGCACGCAUAUUGGCACUUGUUCCCCCUUGGGUCCGUGUUUAUCGUGUGCAAAGAGACAUCCCAAUGCCAUUGGUCACAUCUGGAGUGGAGAAAGGCAACCUGAGGGAGCUCGCCUUGUCACGGAUGGCACAUUUUGGGCUUCGGUGCAGAGAUGUGCGAACAAGGGAGGUUGGGAUACAAGACCUACACCACAAGGUUCGCCCAGAAGAAGUGGAACUGAUACGGCGGGACUAUUGUGCAAAUGGUGGCUGGGAGACAUUCCUGUCAUAUGAGGACCCUCGACAGGAUAUUCUGGUGGGGCUCCUGAGGCUGAGAAAGUGUGCAGGGCACAGCAAGAGUCGGCAGCCGGAGCUUCGAGGAAGGCUGUCUAUCGUUCGUGAGCUGCACGUGUAUGGAACAGCCGUUGCAGUGCAUGCCAGGGACACUGGGAAGUUUCAGCACCAGGGCUAUGGAACCCUCCUAAUGAAGGUAGCGGAGGAAAUUGCGAGGACAGAGCAUGGGUCAGUGAAGAUGGCUGUCAUUUCUGGCGUUGGCACAAGGCACUACUACCGGAAGCUCGGGUACCAUUUGGAAGGGCAUUACAUGGUCAAGAGCUUGAACUAA